CGUUGGACCCCGCAUCUUAUUAGCAACCAGGGAGAUUUCUCCAUUUUCCUCUUGUCUACAGUGCGGCUACAAAUCUGGGAUUUUUUUUAUUACUUCUUUUUUUCUGAAAAAAAAACUACACUUGGGCUCCUUUUUUGUGCUCGACUUUUCCACCUUUUUCCCUCCCUCCUGCGCUGCUGUUUUUUGAUCUCUUCGACUAAAAUUUUUUUAUCCGGAGUGUAUUUAAUCGGGUCUCUUCUGUCCUCCUCGCCACCCCCACCCCCUCCCUCCGGUGUGUGCGCCGCCGCCGCUGUUGCUGCUGCCGCUGCUGCUCGCCCCGUCGUUACACCAACCCAAGGCUCUUUGUUUCCUCUCUUGGAUCUGUUGAGUUUCUUUGUUGAAGAAGCCAGCAUGGGUGCCCAGUUCUCCAAGACCGCAGCAAAGGGAGAAGCCGCCGCGGAGAGGCCCGGGGAGGCGGCUGUGGCCUCGUCGCCUUCCAAAGCAAACGGACAGGAGAAUGGCCACGUCAAAGUGAACGGGGACGCGUCGCCCGCGGCCGCCGAGCCCGGCGCCAAGGAGGAACUCCAGGCCAACGGCAGCGCCCCGGCCGCCGACAAGGAGGAGCCUGCGGGCGGUGGCGCCGCGACCCCCUCAGCGGCCGACAAAGAUGAGGCGGCCGCGGCGGCCCCCGAGCCGGGUGCAGGCGCCGCCGAGAAGGAGGCCGCUGAGCCCGAGCCCGCCGAGCCCGGGUCCCCCGCCGCCGAGGCCGAGGCCGCCUCCGCCUCCUCCACGUCGUCGCCCAAGGCGGAGGACGGGGCCGCGCCGUCGCCCAGCAGCGAGACCCCGAAAAAAAAAAAGAAGCGCUUUUCCUUCAAGAAAUCCUUCAAGCUGAGCGGCUUCUCCUUCAAGAAGAACAAGAAGGAGGCGGGCGAGGGCGCUGAAGCCGAGGGCGCCACCGCCGACGGCGCCAAGGACGAGGCGACAGCUGCGGCGGCGACCAGCGAGGCCGGCGCGGCCCCGGGGGAGCAGGCGGGCGGGGCGGGCGCCGAGGGCGCGGCGGGCGGAGAAGCGCGGGAGGCCGAGGCGGCGGAGGCCGAGCAGCCUGAGCAGCCCGAGCAGCCGGCGACACAGGAGCCGCCGGCCGAGGAGCCAUCGGAGGCCGCGGGGGAGAAGGCCGAGGAGCCCGCGCCCAGCGCCGCCGCCGCCACCACCGCGGGCGACGCGCCCUCUGCCGCCGGGCCCGAGCAGGAGGCGCCCGUCGAGGAAGCCGCGGCCUCCGCGGCCCCCACCGCGUCGCCUGAGCCGCAGCCCGAGUGCAGUCCGGAGGCCUCCGCUGUGCCCGCAGCGGCCGAGUAAGCGCGAGCCUCUUACGUCAUCGAAGAACUUUUCCCUUCGUUUGUUUGUUGGAGUGGUGCCAGGUACUGGUUUUGGAGAACUUGUCUACAACCAGGGAUUGAUUUUUAAAGAUGUCCUCUUUUUUUUUUUUUUAAUUUUACAUUUUUUUUAGCAGCAAAUUUUGUUUUUGUUUUUUUUUUUAGCCCCCUUUCCCACAGAUCCCAUCUCAGAGCAUUGUUACCACCAUUCCGACAGGUCGAGGGAAGUGUAGACAGCUUCCUCUGCCUUCUUUCUUCUUUCUUUAUUUUUAAUUUUUUUUGCAUCAGUAUUAAUGUUUUUUGCAUACUUUGCAUCUUUAUUAAAAAAAUGUAAACUUUCUUUGUCAAAUCUAUGGACAUGCCCAUAUAUGAAGGAGAUGGGUGGGUCAAAAAGGAAUAGCAAAUGAAGAGAUAGGGGCCACUAUGGGAAAUUGAAGCAGUGCACAACAUUGCCAAGAUAAUAUGCCACUAGAAAUGAUGGUGUAAAGGCUUAGGGUUUUUUGUUUUUGUUUUUUAAAGAAAAUUAUUACGAUGUAUUUUGUGAGGCAGGUUUACAACACUACAAGUUUUGAAUAAGAAGGAAAGAGAAAAAAAUAAAAACACCAAUACCCAGAUUUAAAAAACAAAAAGA